AUGUAUACUAACUAAAGUGUGUAUAUUCCAAAGGCUAUAGGUGCAAAAGAAUAUGCUUAUGAUGAAGAAAUUAAUAUACCAUACAGAUAAUAAAUGGAAGAUUGUAUGGACUGAAUUUCAUUUAGUUUAUUUUAUAAAGGACAACAUUUUAGAAGAUGGAAGUCAAUCUAUUUUAUUUGGAAUCAUGGAUGGUCAUGGAGGAUAAACUGUUGCUAAGUUUGUAUCCACUAACUUCCCUAAAGUUUAACAUUCAUUAACUAUCUCAAGGUUUUUCUUCAGUUACAUAAGCAAAAAUAAAGACCAUUUGAUAAAUUACUUUAGGAUACAUUUGAAAAAGUAUGAAUCAAUUUAUUUUUUAAGAUCAAUGAAAUGGUUAAAUAAGAAUGUGAUUCAAAUGAAAUUGGAUCAACAGCUAGUAUAGGAUUUAUGAGACUUGAAGGAGCCAAGAGAGUGUUAUACUUUGCAAAUGUGGGAGAUUCUAGAGCAUUUCUAUUUGGAGAUUAAGUUGUACCUUUAACAACAGACCAUAAGCCUAAUAAAUAGGGAGAGAGAACUCGUAUUCAAUAGCAUUAGGGAACUGUGUUAAUGGAUCGAUUAAAUGGAAUAUUAGCUAUAUCAAGAGCUUUUGGAGAUCACAGUUUUACUUAAUAUGGAUUGAUUUGUACACCAGAUUAGGUUAAAGUAGAGUUGAGACUUUCUCAUAAAUGGGUGGUUGUAGCUUCAGAUGGUUUAUGGGAUGUUGUAAAUGAAUAGGUAUCAUUUUUAUAUAAUAUUAAAUAAGGAGUUGUUAUAAUUCAUUAGAUAUAAAGAAUCUGCUGAUGAAGUCACUAAAUUCUUAUAAAAAUUAGCAUAAAAAAGAUAAUCAAAAGACAAUGUCUCAAUUCUAUGCUUGAAAAUUCAAAUUUGA